AUGUCACUAAUUUGCCUUAAACUAGAAGAAGAAUUGCAAGUCCCUUCUCCUGAUGUCCCUGAGGAUGUUGGAACCUUUGCCGAUGGACAGACAGGUGCAGUGGACUCCAUCUUGGAUGACAAGUCUCUUUAUGCCGAUCAAAUUCUUACAGAGAAGAAUCUGAUACUGUCCUAUAAUGAAGGCCUUGAGCCAGAAACAAGUGAUUGUGGACCAGUGACUGGAGAGAGGCAAGAAAAGCAAAAUAUUACCCCAGGUGCAUCGCUCUGUGAUCCGGUCAGUAUCGAAGGGGAACCUAAUGGUGAACAGGGACAAGAUGUGACCAAAGAUGAAGAAUCUAAAGUAGGUCCUGAGGGCGAUGGCGAUCAGGGUGUUGAUGAAGGUGUUGUUACAGAAACAGAGGACAUUGUAGCAGCCCUAGAUAUCAAGGAAGUGACUGAAGGAGAAUAUAUAGAUGACCUACCUGAAGGCAGGUUACUGAAUUUAGAUGCAGAGGAAGAGCAAGAGGAAUCCAAUGGGGCAACAGGCAUACAUGAGGCAGAGGAAGAGCAAGAAGCAGCAGAAGAACCAGAGUUGGAUGCCGAAAUUGAUAUAAAUGGGGGUGAGUCUUCAGAAGAACAGCAGGAAGAGAAUGAAGAGACGAAUGAUGAUGCUGAGACUGAGGCAAAUGGUGGAGAGUCUUCAGAAGAAGAGCAAGAAGCUGAAGAACCAGUGGAAGAUGCUGAGACUAAGGCAAAUGGUGGAGAGUCUUCAGAAGAAGAGCAAGAAGAAGCUGAAGAACCAGAGGAAGAUGCUGAGGCUGAAGCAAAUGGAGGUGAGUCCUCAGAAGAGCAAGAAGCUGAAGAACCAGAGGACGAUGCUGAGGCUGAAGCAAAUGGUGGAGAGUCUUCAGAAGAAGAGCAAGAAGAAGCUGAAGAACCAGAGGACGAUGCUGAGGCUGAAGCAAAUGGUGGAGAGUCUUCAGAAGAAGAGCAAGAAGAAGCUGAAGAACCAGUGGAAGAUGCUGAGGAUGAAGCAAAUGGAGGUGAGUCCUCAGAAGAGCAAGAAAAGGAUGAAGAGCCAAAGGUAGAUGCUAAGAAUGAUGCAGGCAGUGGUGAGUCUUUUGAAGAAGAGCAAGAAGAGGAGGAAGAGGGUGAAGAACCAGAGAUAAAUGUUGAUCCACAUAAGGUUGAUUCUUCUAAAGAUGAGAAAGAAGAUGAGAAACCAGAGCCUGAUGCCGAUUCUGAUACUAAUAUGGGUGAACCUUCAGAAGAAGAGGCUGGAGAACCAGAAAAUGAUGCUGAGACUGAUGACCAGACUUCAGCAGAAGAACAAGAGGAACCAAAGUCUGAUGUUGAGACUCGUACAAAUAGAGGCGAGUCUUCAGAGGAAGAGCAUGAAGAGGCCGAAGCAUUACUGUCAGUGGUUGACACAAAUGAUGUAGAAACUUCAAAAGAAGAGCAAGAAGAACCAGAUGUUGAUGAACACAAAGAGAAUAUAUCAGAAGAUACAGAAGAAAAAUUAUCAAACACAGAGGAAAAGAUAAAAGAAGAAACUCCUGAAGAAAAAGAAGUAGACAAAACUGAGAACUCAGAAACACAGAGUGCAGAGGAGUCGAAAGAGUCUUCUGACCACUCGUCUAUAAAACCACUUAGUGAGGAUCAGGUAUCGGCUGGAAAGAAGAUCGAUGAGGAGAAAAGAUUUGUCAAACAACAAACAGCCAAGUCAUCUUCUAAACUAUCCCAGAAACAAGCUCCUAAGUCAAGGUCAAGGAGACUAAAAGAUGAUGUAGAAGAUGUGGAAGAUUUCCCCAAGAGGGACAGAAGCCACAUAGACAAUACCUUGAAGCUUGCAGACGAGAAACCGGCAGAUGAUUACACAGCGGUGCUGCAGAAACUAAGGAAAAUCUACCAUUCUUCUAUCAAACCCCUGGAACUGUCUUACAAAUACAAUGAGCUGAGACAGUACGAGAUCUCAGAUGGAGAGAUUACUUCUAAACCAAUGGUGUUGUUUUUGGGACCGUGGAGCGUUGGCAAGUCCUCCAUGGUCAACUACCUCCUGGGGUUGGAUGAAACCCCCCAUCAACUGUAUACAGGUGCUGAACCCACAACUUCUGAAUUUACCGUCCUCAUGCAUGGGCCAAAGCUGAAGACCAUUGAGGGCAUUGUGAUGGCUGCCGACAGUGCUCGUUCUUUCUCUCCACUGGAGAAGUUUGGGCAGAAUUUUUUGGAGAAGCUUAUUGGCAUUGAGAUUCCCCACAAACUCUUAGAAAGAGUGACAUUGGUGGAUACCCCUGGUAUCAUUGAGAACCGUAAACAACAAGAAAGAGGUUAUCCAUUCAAUGACGUAUGCCAAUGGUUCAUCGACAGAGCUGAUCUCAUUUUUGUUGUAUUUGACCCAACCAAACUGGAUGUGGGUCUGGAGUUGGAGAUGCUCUUCAGACAACUGAAGGGACGCGAGUCUCAGAUCCGUAUCAUCCUAAACAAGGCCGAUAGCUUGGCCACUCAAGAACUUAUGAGAGUAUAUGGUGCCCUCUUCUGGAGUCUGGCACCUCUCAUCAAUGUUACCGAGCCUCCAAGAGUCUAUGUCAGCUCUUUCUGGCCAGAAGACUAUCAUCCAGAUACACACACAGAGCUAUUCCUUAAAGAAGAGAUUUCCCUUCUAGAAGACCUUACCCAAGUCAUCGAGAACAGGCUUGAAAACAAGAUAGCCUUUAUUCGUCAACAUGCUAUCAGAGUUCGUAUCCAUGCUUUGCUGGUUGACCGUUACCUUCACACCUACAAGGACAAGAUGACCUUCUUUAGUGACGGAGAACUUGUUUUUAAGGAUAUAGUAGAAGACCCUGAUAAAUUCUUUAUUUUCAAGUCCAUUUUGGCCAAAACCAACGUCAGCAAAUUUGAUCUUCCCAAUCGCGAGGCCUACAAAGAUUUCUUUGGAGUUAACCCCAUUACAAGCUUCAAGCUUCUGUCCGCACAGUGCUCCUACAUGGGUGGCUGCCUCCUCGAUAAGAUUGAGAAGGCCAUAACACAUGAGCUUCCAGAUCUCCUGAGCAGCAUCAGUAAAAAGCCUUCAAACCUCAACUGUGACGUGACCGGUUGUGGAGAUACACCAAAGAACCGCUAUAAAAAACAUUAACUUAUCUCAAGCCUAACCCCUUCUCAUAUUUAAUAAAUAAAAUAAAACAAAAAACAGUGUAUCAACGCCGUAUAAAGGUCUUGCGAUCUUUUGGUGACGGAUGUAGCCUGCAUAUGAAACUCUUGCAAGCUAUCCUACAUACAGUAUGUUUUCAUGGUGUGUCACAGAGAUGAUACUCAAAACAAUCCUUCUGUCCUAGAGGGACUAGAGGUUACUCUGGUGCUGAAGGAGGGGAAAAUGUGUGAGACAGCUAAUGGGGUCUUCCCAUAAAAUACAAAUAAAAAAAUUGGAGAUGAUAUUGCAGAGAACUGCUCUUCCACCCUUAUUCUAUCUCGUACUGCAAGUGUCCUUCUCCUCUCUGACUAUAAGUUCAUGGUCUUAGAGAAGAACUGGGAGACUUCAUGAAUGUGGUCUAUAAGGAAUUUCAGCUCACUGCAAACUCUCUGAUGAAUUGUGUGUGUUGAUAAUUUGUCUUGUAAUGUGGUGAGAAAGUAGCCAUGUAAUGCCUUGUCUUGGUAGUUGAGGUACUCUAACAGUGUACGCUCUUAUUUAGUCAACUUUAUUCACCCUCACAGUCAAGACCAUAGUGGUUGGACCACCGAUCCAUUGUAUGUGAUAUUGGUAGUCAUGUCAAGUGCUCCACCUCAUAAGGGCGACCUAGCACUGGCAUCAUCUAACCAUGGUCCAAAAUAGACAUAACCAUUGACGGAGAGGAUAAACCUAUGUUCAUUAUGUUAUGUUUAGUAUCCAUUAUGGUUCGAUGCUGCAAAUCCUGUCCUCCUCCAGUCCUAAGGGCAGACAACAUAUGGGGAUCAUAACAAAGUGGUAGCCAAUAAUCUCACUAAACAUUGUAUUACGUUGAUCAUGGCAACAUCCAAAAUGGUGUCAAGUACUCAUUUUUUAUUGUCUUGAAUAGUCUUUGGAAUAUUUGCACGGUAAGAAGGUUUUAGUUUUACCAUUGUAUAGUAUUUGAUAGAUGUUUUACUUUUAUCAAUCUGGUUACACACCAGUCCUAUGAUAUUUAUCAAGAAUUCAAUAAACAUCACGACAAUGUUGACUCGUUCAGAUCUUCUCAGAAAGUCCAGUCUGUGUUAUACCGUAUGCUUGACCGAAAUCCUAACAAUGCCUGGAAGACCAACACUUUAUUAAGGAGUUUCGCCAUAUGUGGUUAUCACCCACUGCCUCCAGUUAUGUGAGGAGAAAGUAACAGGUAUUCCGAUAAUCUGCCAGUCCAGAUGGAAUAGGAGUCAGUUUUCUAGGAAAAUAAACAUGUGAAGGUGAAGAAUUCCAGUGUCAAAUACCAGGGGGCCCUAAGUUAGACGGAAAAGAGAAACAGAGGGAAAUGGAAAUGUGUAGUGAAAAAGGACCUGUCUGUGAUCCCAAAGGGGAAAACUACAUUGGCAGGACAUAUCCAAUGGAUGCUGGAUACUAGGUCACCUUGCCUUUGCCGGGGUACAUAGCUACAAAAACUGAAUUUCGUGAAAGAAAGUCUAGCUACUACUCUGUCUAUAUGAUGUCACAGUAAGGAUAACUACUGGUUAAGACUACAAAAUGGCAGCCUACAUUAUGUGUAAGUGACAGGGACAGAAGGGAAGAUCUUUCGACUGAGUAAGGGUGUUUGUCGCCAGUUUGGUUGGUUUUAGUA